AUGAAAUAUGCAGUUUCCGAUCUCGACUAUCCCAAGCAAUUGAACAGGGAGACGCUAUUCCUCGGCCGACGCUUCGGCGCAACGGAAAGCAAGAAGAAUCUCAUUCGCGAGUUCUUACGACUCUGCGAAACGAAUCAUGACCGUCGCUGCACCCAGAAGAUCGGUAUCGAGAACCCUUUUCUUGAAACGCUGACGGAGCCGUACUUCGGCGUUAUCGAUAUCGAAAACGACCGUCUUGUCCCCUUGCCAUAUGGGGAGACGGAGGGCCAUCUCCAUUUCGAGCCAUAUGCGGCUGUGAGCUAUGUUUGGGGAGACACUGGUGCGAUGGACUAUCGGACGAAGAUUGAGAACAUUCAGAAUCGAAGGAAAUCUGGUGGACUCGCAGCUACUAUCCGAAAGCUACCGAAAGCUCUCGCACAGAGCAUCCGCCUUGUUCACGACUUGGGGAUCAGGUAUGUUUGGAUCGAUGCAUUGUGCAUCGUCCAGGAUAGUAGUCACUCGUGGAAUCUCAACGCGCGAGCCAUGCAUCUCAUAUACGGCAACGCUACGCUGACGAUCUGUGCCGCUGACGGCGAUUCACAGACGGGUCUGCUAGCUCUAGACGAUGACCAACGGCCGCAGCAACGAAUCGGAGCUUAUGCCGAGGGCGUGCUUCUGGUUCUGCAUCAGCCACCGGAGAUCAGCAUCCAGACAUCGAAGUGGAACAGUCGCGGUUGGACAUUCCAAGAACGCAUGCUUUCGAAGCGGUGCCUGAUAUUUACCGGCGGCCAAAUAUACUUUCAGUGUCGCUCUACGGGAAUGUCGGAAGAUAUCUUUGCGGACCCGGAAGGCCGAGGGUGGUCGCUGGAUUUGGUCCAAGCCCCUCUUCAGAUGCUCACGGAGCUCAAGCAACGCAGCAUGUGGUUCUAUGCUCACUGCGUUCACCUCUACACGAUGCGCGAGCUUUACGAACCGCUCGAUAUUCUGGCAGCUUUCAGUGGGAUGUACUACGACAAGGUCUCAAAAGAACCAAAAUACAAGGAUCUUAAGUUCCCCAGUUGGUCGUGGUGCGGGUGGAAAAGUAAUGGCAUUCAAUACAAAGCCCAGAUGGUCGAUGGUUGCCUCUCUGAUGUUCACGCUUGGCUGCAAGAACACACAUGGAUUGAUUGGCAUAUUAGAGAUGGCCAUGGAAAACUGCGUCGUCUCUGGGACAGAGAUUUUUCCCUCACUGAUCGUAGUAUUGACGGCAAAUGGAAAGGGUACCCCGCAUUCGAACGAACUGAAGAGCAACCCGUUUACGAGUCUGGUAGUGAAGAUAUCAGCGAUAUAAACGACACUUACAGUGCGAUCGAUAUUCAUAAGGACGGACCUAGUCACGAUGAAACUACUACCUUUGCCCGUCAAAUGAGUAACACGCUUGGCAAGAAAACAUCGAAGCCAAUACGAUAUACUAGCAAAGUAAUCUUCGACGAUGUACCCAGCCGUGAUACGCAUGAUGGCUACGGUCGACCGUACAAACAUUUACUACCAGAUGGAUGCGAGCUAGUCCCAGUGAAAUAUGCGUUCAAUCUAACGCUACCUGAAGAUCCAUACCACGUCAGGACAUCGGCACCCAGACGGCCUACGGACGGCCUGAAAGAGUUUCCCGAUCAGCCGUUCUUACAGUUUUCCACCUGGAGAACCUCAUUCCACAUCGUGCGCUCAACCGAGUCCGACGUGAGGGACGACGACGUCGGAGCAACAAGAGCGCGAUGCCACAUCGCAGACCGACGCGGCGAUAAGUGCGGAUCCAUCGUUGUUAGCAAGGAAUGGCUUGAGAAGUAUGAGGCCACGGGUCAGACCAUGUUCGAGUUCAUCGCCAUCUCAGAUGCCAAGUCGUUCAGCCAGCAAGAAUUCCCUGUCUGGACAUACUAUCUACCCAAGGAGAGAGUGGAGUCUGAAUGGGAUCUCUUUUUCGUGCUCCUGGUGGAGCCGUUUCCUGAGGAAGGCAUCUAUCGGCGGGUGGCACUUGGCAAGGUCUUUCAAGCGGCGUUUGCUCAAUCUCCCGACGAGUGGAAAGAGAUCAUCUUGGGGUAG